AGUAGAUCAGUAAGGAGGAAUGAAUCACUGCCUACUUCCAGAACUUCAGUCUAGUAAAACCUGUCUAGGCAAAAGGAAGUCAGAAAGGUAUUAAAAGCCUCCAGCAAGAAGCCAUCAAAGAAGCCCUUGGAGAGGAUCUGUCAUCUUAGAGGAAGAGCAGAAGCUGAGGAGACUAUAAUAAAAACUGGGGCGUGAAGCACACUCAGGCUGAGAAGAGAGCUUUUGCUAGUGUUCAUUAGCCACAAGACACUGGUCCAAACUGCCUUUGGAGAAUGUCAGAAUCUCAAAGCAGAGGCAGUGCACAUACACCUUUAGAAGAAGAUGGCAAUGAAGCUGCUGCCAAUUUUCUGGAACGGUUUCCUGCCCAGAGAGAAGAGAUUGAAAAGUGCAUCAGAUGCCUUCAGGAACUGGCAGACAACAUUGACAAGACCCAUAAGGACUGUACCAUCACCAGCAUUGCUGCCAGCUCUGGUGGAGCCGUUUCUGGCAUCUUGACCAUCCUGGGAUUGGCCUUGACCCCUGUCACAGCAGGUGGGAGUUUAAUCCUGACCCUCACCGGGGUGAGUUUAGGGACAGCAUCAGCGGCUACCGGCAUUACUGGCAGCCUGUGUGAACGGUUUAUUAAUUCAAACAAAAGGAAGAAAGCAGAAGAGCUGAUAAACAAAUGUGAUAAAAUCCUAAACCAAUGCAGAGAAAGCCUAUGCUCGAUGAUGCACCUUGAUGACAUUGAUUUCAAGUCAGGAUUUCCCCCAAACAAUUGGGCUAAUAGGGAAAAUGUCCACUGUUUGAUGUCCAGUUCCAACACUGUCCGUCAGAUUCCAAAACUGGCAACUACUGUUAAGAAAAUUGCAUCAAAUGUUAAAGCACUGAAGUACAUUGAAGAUAAUCCUGUCUUAAAGACUGUAGCAAUGGAAGCGGCUGCUGCAGGGAGCACAUCACGGGCUGCUAUCAAGGGGAUCGAUCAAGUAGAAGAAGUGUUUAAAGGAACUACCCUGGCAAUGACCAAAGGAGCAAGAGUGAUGGGUCUUACGUUCGCUGCGGCAUUUCUCCUGUUUGAUGCUUACUGCAUUGUUAAGGAUGCCAUACAUUUGACGAAAGGGGCUAAGGGCGAAAUAGCAGCUGGGAUCAGAGAAAAGGCUAGUAACUUAGAAAAGGUAUUGCAGGAUCUCAUCAACCACUAUCAGAAACUGAAAGAAGCUAUGUGAAUAAGAGGGGCCAAAACUACAUUAGGCGUUUUCUAUCAUUCUUUUUCUAAUGGGGAAUGUGAAGAAUUUGGGCUUAUACUUCCAUUAAUCUAAAGGCCAAUUUACACUUAAAGGCAAAGGGAUAACAUUAGGGGUGGCAUAGGAUGAGAGAGAACUGAAAUCCUGCCCCUCCUCUUAAAAGAUCAUUCUUUACCUCCUAGGAUCAGAUAACAGACUAGAGCAUAGAACCAUAGAAUAGUAGAGUUGGAAGGGGCCUAUAAGGCCAUCGAGUCCAACCCCCUGCUCAGUGCAGGAGUAGGUGAUCUGAUGUCCUCCAGAUGUAUUGGAUUACAACUCCCAUAAUCCCUGACCAUUGGCCAUCCCAGCUGGGGUUGAUGGGAGUUGUAGGGCAUCAGGAGUCAGAUCACCUGAAUCACCACCACCCC